CAUUGCGCAUGCGUAAAAUGCGAAGCACAUCAUGGGUCACGUCUGACGUUGGAUCAACUAGAUACGUUGCUACAUUUAUAAACUAGCUAUAUAUAUAUUUUUUUUAAUCACAGACAUGACACGUUAACUCUGCACUUUUCAUAUUUUGUACUGUUAGCUAGACAUAUUUGACUACAUUGUUUAGCGUCACCUGAAAGAAAGAAAUCAUGACUGCCAACGAGGAUCAAGAGAUGGAGUUAGAAGCCCUCCGUUCUAUAUACGAGGGGGACGAGUGCUUCAAGGAAGUCAGCCCGGUUUCAUUUCAGUUUAGGAUAGGAGAACAUGAUGACUCCAAAGCGUUCAUUCUGGAUAUUUCAUGGCCUGAGAUGUAUCCUGAAAUGGCACCUGAAAUUUCUCUAGAUGGCUUUUUCAACAAAAAAAUAUCUUCAGAGACCAAGCAGCUGAUCAUCUCUGGGUUGGAGGAGCAGGUGGAGGCCAACCUGGGCACUGCCAUGAUGUACACCCUGUUCGAGUGGGCCAAAGACAACCAGGAAGCUCUGAUGGAGAACCACCAAGCUGUGGUCACUGCCGUGACACUGACAUCCAACAGCGACCUCAACGCCCCAGCCAAGAAGAAAGAGAAGAAGGAACAGCUGACCAAAUCACAGAAGAGAAAGAUCACAUGUAGAACUGAUAACAAGGGGGAGCUCCCCAGAGGCUGGGACUGGGUUGACGUCAUCAAGCAUUUGAGCAGAACAGGCGGUAAAGAGGAAGACUAGAAUGCCGUGGAGGAGGUGGAGAGGUCUCUGGUACUGCUUUUACCAGGAAGUGAAGUCUCCCGACCUCACUCAGACCACCUGACCUGGCCGCUGCUCCGUAGACUCCUUCCAGUCUGCCCCAAGACACCACACCCAAGAUGGCCGCUUUUUCGCUCCAAGGGAAGACGGGGUCCCUCUACACCUGAACACAAUCAAUAGUUGUCAAAGCUGUCGUUUUGAGAGGGCGUCACACAUACAGGUGGUUUAGUGUCAUAUCGGAAGGAGUUUAAAAUGUGGCUUUUUUUAUUUUUAAUGAACUGUUUUCAUUUGCUUGGAGGAGACCCCAAAUGUGUGACUCAUUUUGGUUGUACCGGUGGUGAUGACAGUGGAUUGCAGCGUGAGCUGCAUUGAAACAACGAAAGCUUGUACGGGUGUGUGCUAGUAUUUGUGCCGUCGGAAUAGGUCGAGGUGAGUGAAUGGUGAAGGGGUGGCAGUGUCAUCUGUUUUCACUAGUACUGUAUGCUUGUCAAAGUGGAAUGAUCUGGACCUCUUUGUUACCAUGAGCCAGACUUCCAUGUACUGUCAUCACUGCCAGGGAAUUGAAAAUCUGUCCACUUUGAGACCGGUUCAGUUGCUAGGCAUCAGAGCUGUAAAACGUGCUUUACCAGGACUGUCAACGAAUGGCUGUAUGACUUUAGGAUCCUCAGUGUAUCUGAUGUACAGUGGUGUGGAACAUAAACUCAACAUGUUAUGAAGGACACGACUGAAUAUGUGAUAUUGUGUCCCUUUAAUUUAGAGACGUGCUGGAGAAACUUUUUUCUUUUUUUUUUUUUUUAAUAAAAAAAUGAUUAUUACGA